AUGCGCGCCCGCCGGCGACCUGCGCUGCAGGACAAGACGCCAGGGAACACGCCCCAAUCUCACCACUCAGACGCGUCGAAGGCGAAGGAGGCCCUCUUCAAUGAACCCCGCAAACCGCUUGGGGCACUUCCCAUCGCCCCUGAAGUCGUGCCAAGAAUUGCGGACGAGAAUGGCACCCCGCUCUCGGUCCCACCAUCCCCGCAUCCACACCAUGUCCGCAGAGUGCCCCAGCCACCACCAGAGCCUCUGGAGGAGGAGAGUGGUUCUGAGCUGAGCGCGCCCCCGACUCCAACACCAUCGCGUAUCCGGAGGCCAGGAACGCGACCGUCCGAAAUGCCUCGCUACUCGUCUGAUUUUCGCUCCGACGCCGCACGCCACUCAAAUAUGCUUUCCGCUGCUAUGCUACCCGUACCUGCGGGCUCAGAGCGGGAACCUCUCUCGUAUGGCGCCAGUUCAGACUCAUCUGCGGGACCCAGUCCGUCUCCCGUCAAGACGAUGAAUUGGCCACUCUCGAACAGGCGCCCUCUUCCCCCGCCUACGUUCCGUCCACUCGUCGAAGCCGCGCCCAGUCCCCUCCCAACGAAACAUGCACGUCUCUCGAGCUCGUCCCGUCCUUCAGGCGGCUUCCUGCCACCCCCUCCUCCGCCUCCCGUCUUCGCCUUCGAGCACCGCACGCCGUCCUUCGUUCCGCCUACUCCCAAACCCAAACAUGUCAAGACGCUGCUGCGCCCCGCUAACGAUGAAGAUGGCAUCCUUGCGAGUCCCACACCCAUCAAGAGCGGGUUCGGUCCACUGCUCAUGCAGAGCACGCCCGCCCCGCUUCGCAAGCGGCGACCGCGGCUCCCGUUGAACGGGCUGUCUAUGCGCGCCCCGCAGAGGGAGGCAGCGCCUGUUGCCGCGAGCUCGAAGGCGAAGGGGAAGCAGCGCGCCAGGGAGGAGUCCCUCCCUCCGAGCUCGCCGCCUCCGCCCUCCCCCGGCGACCCCGGCGCGGUGCCGUUUGCAGUGCGGGAGGACCUCAUGGCCGAGCUGGAAGAUGAUGAACCCCUCGAGUCAGAAGAUAAAGAGAACAUGGGCGCUGGGGGCAGCGUUGCUCUCGGGUCAGCCUUCGACGUGGUGCCGCUGCAGAAGGAAAGGAGCAGGAGCUCGGAGGACGACCCAUUCGGGUUCAUCGCGGCGGAAAGGAAGCUCAAGGCCAUCCGUAAGGACAAAGACAAGGGAAAGGCCCCGGCGUCGUCGAGCCGUCCGCCCCUCGGUAUCGUUGUCGUCUCUCGCCCCACGCCGUCGCCCACGCCUGGGCCCUCCACGGCGGUGGCCGAGCCGCUCCAGCUCCCCACGCCCGACGGCGGCUCCGAGGCAGACUCGAAUCCCGGAGAUGAUAGAUUCGCCGGUAUCGACAGCCCUCGUCUGGGGCAUGAUUUCCCGGAGGCAGAGCUUCCCGACCCCGCCGCGAGCGACCCACUCAUCCAGCCCGCAUAUGACAGCAACUCUGACGUCCUUUCCUACGCCGAUCCCGACGAGGUCUACGUCCGAGAAGAGGACGAAGACGAAGAAGAGGACAAGGAGAACGCGGCUCCUCCCCCUGCGCCCGCCGAACCCUCGGUGCAGGGCGACGAUGAGUCGGCGACGGGCUCCCCUGAGGCGGACCCGACGCGCACGCCGCACAAGCCGAAGAGCGCACGAAAGCGAAGCCCGAUGCUAACGCCAGAUUUUGAACACGAGAGCUCGGAGGUGGGUGAGGGCACGCCGAGUCGGAGCAUGGGCCCUGCGGAGCUGCUGGACCUGACACGCUCUGUGCCCGCGAGGCGGCCGCAGGCGCGCGCCGCUGCGGAGGAUAUCAUGGACGAAGACGAAGCCCGCGAUGAAAGGGAUGAGGAGAAGCGGGCAAGUGAAAGCGAGCGCGAGGAACCGACGCCGGUUGCGAAGCCUGCGACCAGGAAACGUAGGCGCGGGAAGGAGGACGAAGAGGAUCCUAUCAAGGCCGCGAAGAAUCUGGAGAAGCUCCUCCCGAAGAGGCCUGCGAAACGUGCAAAGCCCGCGUCCGACGACGAGUCCGAAUCCGAGUCCUCCGACCCUCCUGCGAAGCGUGCGCGAGGGCGGGGAAGAGGAAGGGCACGAGGACGCGGUCGUGGCGCGACGGGCAGGGGACGCGGACGCGGUCGGGGCAAGGCGCGUGCUGAGGAGGCCGCGAGCGGAGAGGAGGGCGGGGCAGAGAGUGACAGUGAGGGAGAAGAAGAUGCGAAACCUCGCAGCGGCACUGGUCGUGGUAGCAGCGCUAGAGGUCGCGGCUCAUCGAGGGGGCGAGGAAGAGCCCGCGGACGGGGCGCAUCGACCAGCAGCCGCCCGCCCUCGAGCUCGACCCGUGUCACGCGAUCUCGCUCGCAGAAGCCCUCGAGCAAGCCGGAUAGCAAGGGCAAGAAACGCGCCAGGGAUGAAGACGAGGAGAUCGAUAUUGAGGAGGACGAGGAGCGUGCCCAAUCACGUCAGGCGCGCAUCGAGUACUUCCGGAAGCUCGACGAGUACAGCCUAGAGAAGGAAGACGUCUACGUGAUAUGA